GGGGGCGUCGGUGGGGAUUCGGUGAAGAAGGCACACCAUGGCAGUUGCCAGCGAGGCCGCCCGAAAGAGGGACGAGCCGGGCCAUGGCUGGGUGAGUCAAGCCCCAGUAGCUGGCCCGGACUGCCACGGUCGUGCGGAUCCCCCAUUGCCUCAGGGCUCGGGCUGCGGCGGCUGCUGGGGAGACCUGGUGCUGCAGCCGCUCCGGCGCUCCCGGAAACUUUCCUCGGCUCUGUGCGCGGGAUCUCUUUCCUUUCUCCUGGCUCUGAUGGUGAGGCUGGUCCGCGGGGAGAUCGGCGGUGAGCUGGAGGAGAGUAAGGAGGCGGCAGCAACCGAGGAGGAGGAGGAAGCUGUCCCGGGAGCUGAAGGGGGCGUCUUCCCUGGCCCUCGAGGAGGUGUUGCCGGGGGCGGCGCGCCGCUCAGCCCUUGGCUGCAGCUCUCGGCACUACUCUUCAGUCUCCUGUGUGCCUUCUUCUGGAUGGGCUUGUACCUCCUGCGCGCCGGGGUGCGCUUGCCUCUGGCCGUCGCGCUGCUGGCCGCCUGCUGCGGGGGGGAAGCGCUCGUCCAGAUUGGGCUGGGCGUCGGGGAGGAUCACUUACUCUCUCUCCCGGCCGCGGGGGUGGUGCUCAGCUGCUUGGCCGCCGCGACAUGGCUGGUGCUGAGGCUGAGACUGGGUGUCCUCAUGAUCGCUUUGACUAGCGCGGUCAGGACCGUGUCCCUCAUUUCCUUGGAAAGGUUCAAGGUCGCCUGGAGACCUUACCUGGCAUAUUUGGCCGGCAUACUGGGGAUCCUUCUGGCCAGGUACGUGGAGCAGAUCUUACCGCAGUCCUCGGGGGCGGCUCCGAAGGAGCAUUUUGGGUCCCAGCUAAUUGCUGGGACCAAGGAAGAUAUCCCGGUGUUUAAGAGGAGGAGGCGGUCCAGCUCCGUGGUGUCCGCCGAGAUGUCGGGCUGCAGCAGCAAGUCUCAUCGAAGGACCUCUCUGCCCUGUAUACCAAGGGAUCAGCUCCUGGGACACUCGGAAUGGGACCACAAACGAGGACCAAGGGGCUCCCAGUCUUCAGGAACCAGUAUUACUGUGGAUAUUGCUGUGAUGGGCGAGGCGCAUGGCCUCAUUACGGACCUCCUGGCAGACCCUUCUCUGCCCCCAAAUGUGUGCACGUCCCUGAGGGCCGUGAGCAACCUGCUCAGCACGCAACUCACCUUCCACGCCAUUCACAAGCCCAGAGUGAAUCCUGUCGUUUCCUUCAGUGAAAACUACACCUGCUCUGAUUCUGAAGAGAGCGCUGAAAAAGACAAACUGGCUAUUCCCAAGCGCCUCAGAAGAAGUUUGCCCCCUGGUUUGUUGAGACGAGUUUCAUCAACUUGGACAACCACCACUUCAGCCACAGGUCUGCCCACCUUGGAGCCUGCCCCAGUUCGGAGGGACCGUAGCUCCAGCAUCAAGCCUCAUGAUGCACCUUCUCCCAGUGCUAUUAAUUCAGAUUCUUGGAAUAACCCAGUGAUGAUGACCCUCACCAAAAGCAGAUCCUUCACUUCAUCCUAUGCUGUUUCUGCAGCUAACCACGUAAAGGCUAAAAAGCCAAAUCGACCAGGUGCCCUCGCUAAAAUUUCACCUCUUUCAUCGCCCUGCUCCUCGCCUCUCCAAGGGACUCCAGCCAGCAGCCCUGUCAGCAAAAUUUCCACAGUGCAGUUUCCAGAAUCUGCUGACACAACUGCCAAACAAGGGCCAAGUUCUCACAGGGCCUUAACCUAUACUCAGAGUGCCCCUGACCUGUCCCCUCAGGUCCUGACUCCACCUGUUAUAUGUAGCAGCUGUGGCAGACCAUAUUCCCAAGGGAAUCCUGCUGAUGGGCCCCUGGAGAGAGCUGGCACAACCACUCGGACAGUAAGCAGAACAGAUGACACUGCCCAAGUUACCUCUGAUUAUGAAACCAAUAACAACAGUGACAGCAGCGACAUUGUACAGAAUGAAGAUGAGGCCGAAUGCCCAACAGAGCCACUGAGGAAAACAUCAGCUUGUGGCACCUACCCUCCAGAGGCCAUGAUAUUCCUGGACAAACCAAUUCUUGCUCCCGAACCUCUAGUCAUGGAGAACCUGGACUCAAUUAUGGAACAGCUCAAUAGUUGGAAUUUUCCAAUUUUUGAUUUAGUGGAAAAUAUAGGAAGAAAAUGUGGCCGUAUCCUUAGUCAGGUAUCAUACAGACUUUUUGAAGAUAUGGGUCUCUUUGAAGCUUUUAAAAUUCCAAUUAGAGAAUUUAUGAAUUAUUUUCAUGCUUUGGAGAUUGGAUACAGGGAUAUUCCUUAUCACAACAGAGUCCAUGCCACUGAUGUGUUACAUGCUGUUUGGUAUCUUACUACCCAACCUAUUCCAGGCCUCUCAACUGUGAUUAAUGAUCACGGAUCAGCAAGUGAUUCAGAUUCUGACAGUGGAUUUACACAUGGACAUAUGGGAUAUGUAUUUUCAAAAAUGUAUAAUGUGCCAGAUGAUAAGUAUGGAUGUCUGUCGGGGAAUAUUCCUGCCUUAGAGCUCAUGGCUCUUUAUGUUGCUGCAGCCAUGCACGAUUACGAUCACCCGGGAAGGACUAAUGCUUUCCUGGUGGCCACUAGUGCCCCUCAGGCGGUGCUAUACAAUGAUCGUUCAGUUCUGGAGAAUCAUCAUGCAGCUGCAGCUUGGAAUCUUUUCAUGUCCCGACCAGAGUAUAACUUUCUAGUUAACCUUGACCAUGUAGAAUUCAAGCACUUCCGUUUCCUUGUCAUCGAAGCAAUUUUAGCCACUGACCUGAAGAAACACUUUGACUUUGUAGCCAAAUUUAAUGCAAAGGUGAAUGAUGAUGUUGGAAUAGAUUGGACUAAUGAAAAUGAUCGUCUGUUGGUUUGUCAAAUGUGUAUAAAGUUGGCCGAUAUUAAUGGACCAGCCAAAUGUAAAGAACUCCAUCUUCAAUGGACAGAGGGUAUUGUCAAUGAAUUUUAUGAACAGGGUGAUGAGGAAGCCAGCCUUGGGCUGCCCAUAAGCCCCUUCAUGGAUCGGUCAGCACCUCAAUUGGCCAAUCUUCAGGAAUCCUUCAUCUCUCACAUUGUGGGUCCUCUGUGCAAUUCCUAUGACUCAGCUGGACUCAUGCCAGGAAAAUGGGUGGAAGAUAGCGAUGAGUCAGGAGACACUGAUGACCCAGAAGAUGAGGAGGAGGAAGCAGCAGCAACAAAUGAAGAAGAAACCUGUGAAAAUAAUGAAUCUCCAAGAAAGAAAACUUUUAAGAGGAAGAAAAUCUACUGCCAAAUAACUCAGCACCUCCUACAGAACCACAAGAUGUGGAAGAAAGUCAUUGAAGAUGAGCAGCGGUUGGUGGGCACAGAAAACCAGUCCCUGGACCAGGCUCCUCAGCAGUACUCCUCAGAGCAGAUCCAGGCCAUCAAGGAAGAAGAGGAGGAGAAAGGGAAACCAAGAGCAGAGGAGAGACUGGCCCCAGAGCCGAACCUGUGACCAUGAACAGAACAAGCUGUGUUUCCAAACUAAAUUUGUCACAGACUUUUUUCAAGCCAGCACAACACUUAGACACAACACUGUAGAAAUAUGAGAAGAUGGGCAAAUGGCUAUUGCAUUUUGGGAUUCUUCGCAUUCUAUGUGUUUAUUUUUACAGUGAGGUACCUUGUCGAAAAACUCUUGCUCAGAGAAGCUUUCACAUUUGCAACACCAGCUUCGACGGAUUUUUUUUUUUUUAAGGAGGAUAUAUAUAUAUAUAUGUGUGUGUGUAUAUAAGGUCCCACGUAGAUACAUGUACAAACCUUCACACACAUGUGCGUAUACACACAAACACACUGAAAGCCAGGAUCUCUGGCUCCACAAUUAAGUAACAUUCAUAUUAAGAAACAUAGUGGUCACUGUGAUAUAAUAAAUCAUAAAGGAAAACAAAUCACAAGGGAAAUGGUGCAGCUUAGCAACGAUGUGGUGCAGCAAAUGUAGGUUACCAACUAAGCAGCUUUAGCUCUUCAUACUGAGGGAUGAAAGUUCCAGAGCAUUAUUUGGAUUCUGAUACAUCCUGCCAACACCGUGUGUGUGUGUGUGUGUGUGUGUGUGUGUGUGUGUGUGUGUGUGUGUGUGAGAGAGAGAGAGAGAGAGAGAUUGUGUAUUAGUUGAAAGAGUGCCUGUAUACAUGUGUGUGCGUAUGUAAAAGACUUUUGUGGGUUUAGUAGUUUGUAGAAUAGCUGUAGCAGAUGUCUCAGUACAUGUGAACAAGAGAAGGAAGUUCACUCUGGAGUGUCUUUGAAAGGCAGUCAUUCCAAAUGCCCUCCUCCAAUUUAGCUUUAAUAAAGGCCUCUUGGCAGAUGGAGGGCAUUCAUGGGCCAUUUGAUUGAUACUACUGCUAUACACCACUUGGAGGCGCUGUACCACCAGCCUCAAACCUGGAAGACAGAGGCAUUUUCCAGUCUACUAGCCUAAUGAAUGUAUAGGAGCCGUUUGUGAGUGUGGGCACUCACAGAAGAUCAAAACACCAUUUAAGGGAAUGGCAUUCUUUAUACAUAAACACCUAAAAGGAACUGGAGUCAGGUGGUUUCAUCAGGUGAGAGUUCUAAAAGGAUGCCAGAGAAGGCCUGGGAAAUUAUAUUUAACAAAGAUCUCCUGUGCCUCCUUAAUUUGCUGCAAAAUGUGUAGUCAAAAACGAAAAGACAAAUGGAAACCCACUGUGGGUUAUAUAGUAAGAGAUGAGGGAUAAGAUGGCAACCUAGGGUUUGGGCGUUGACAUAAAGAAAACCUGAUCUUGGCAACUUUUAGAGGUUGACUUUGGGGUUGAAGGUCAGGCUGUACCCCCUGUUGUGGUAUUUCUAAUGCUGUGCCAUGGGGUAGUUUCCAUCUCAGUCUGGCACAUUGUCAUGCUUUUUGGCAGGGAAGAUAACUGAGGGAUUGUUUAGGGACUGGGCUGUUAUUGAAAGUCUUUUUUUUUUUUUUUUUUGGUUUGUUUAUCUACACUUGUUUAUGCUGUGAGCCAAACCUCUAUUUAAAAAGUUGAUACUCACUUUCAAUAUUUUAUUUCAUAUUAUUAUAUAUGUCAUGAAUAGUUAUCAUGAUGUAAAUAUGAAGAUUUUUGUUUGUUUGUUUCUGUAGAUACUAAACACUUUUUUAAAGAAAAGAAAGGGAAAAGGGAAACAUUUUUAUAAAGUUAUAUUUUAAUCACCAUUUUUAUACAUUGUAGCUAUCUCCAGGUCCAGUAAGAGGGUGUAGUUCAUUGGCAUAGAGGUCUGUGGACAACUGCUCAUCUACCUAUUCUAACUUAAAAGAUAACCGGAUAGUUAUUUUUGCCAAUUAAAUGAGGAUGCUGUAAAGAAUUUUUUUUUUCCCAGUAGUAACUCUUGCUAACUGAAUGCUAACUAAUUUUGGGUUUUUGCCUCCCAGAUGAAAGACUUUUUAAACCAAUAUCAAAUUGUUGUAAUUGGUGUCCAUUUCUCUCCAAUGUCUUUGGGACUACAACUCUUAGUUCUGUAUACACACUUGCUUGUCACCUAACAAUCUCAGCUUCCAAGAAAACCUAGAUUGUGAUUUCUACUUUUAACUUUUCCUGAAGUCAGAAAGGAGUGUUUACAUGAAAAAUCCCUUUGUUUCUCAUGACUGGAUAGUGUAUUCUUUCCUUCCAAAGCAUGACUUUAUAAUAAUUCAUGGAACUUUUUUCAAAUUAGGUAAAGACAAGGCAAAUUUUUCUAUUAAGUAGGGAAAUGUAAAGAUGAUCAAAUGGAUGCAAACAAUACCUAAAUAAUUAGUAUAUAUUUCAAUUUGUAUUUCUGAGUUAACACCAGGUCAUCAUUAUUUAGCAUUUGCUGAGUUCCCAUUUUCUUAGAAUUGCCUGUGUUUCUCUAUGUUUGCAAAAUGUACUGUGAGUCAAAAACAUUUCUCCAAUAAAGUUAACAGUUACCCUUACAAAUAAGAAAGAAAAAGGAAUUUAUAAUCACAUACUCUUUGCAUCUGUGUACUUAGAAUUAAUCUUUUGUCUUUCUCCAUAUGACUAUAUAUCUCUAAAAUGAAUAGAAAUAGAGGAAAAACCAGGUGUGGAGUGAGUCGGGUGGCAGAGCCACUGUGAGAGUCCCUUCUGUGUGUAGGGAGUAUUAUUCUGCAAAGCCUUCUGCUUAGAAGCCAGCCUGGCUGGCACCAUGGAGUUCUCAGCCAACUGCCUGGAUUUUUUUGUUGUUGUUUUAAGGUACAUGAUAUAAUCGGAAUAAUAAUGACCAAAUCAAUUGGACCCUCUUAUUCCAGAAUCAUGUUCAUCAAUCCAGGCAGUUUAGUAACUUUUUCUUAAAAAAUAAAUUACCAUUAUAUGUAAGCUAGAAGUCAAUUGAAAUAAAGGAAUGGAGAUCCACCAGGUGUGUGACUUUCAUACACACCUGGUGCAUCUUAAAAGAUGCACCUAGGGACAUAACCAGAUAUUUUCUGCUUGUGAUGUUUUCCCCCUCCUUGGUGACAGCAAUAUUACUGUGUUCACUUCCAGAUCCAGAGCUUACUUCCUGUGGUGCCAAUGUCUUUGUUGCAAUUUACUACAUUUUUAUAUGAGCCUACUUUUUAGGUGCCAUAUUAGAUAAACUCAGGUCUUUCAAAUGAAGGAACUUCCAGCCCACUUAGGGAGAAGGAUCGUUGUAUAGAUAGCCAUAAAAUCAAUAUUAGGGAAAAUUGGAACAGGUGGUUCUCUGUCAAGAAAAAGUCCAGGUAUAUUCUCUCUGUUAUCAAUGUUAUUUUAAGCAUGCUAAUAGAUUGUCUUUCUAGUGAUAUAGCUAAGCCAUACUUUUGAAUAUUAUUUCCUUGGUGAAAACACCACUUUUGCUUUCUUCGUUAUCUGUAAUUUUUUUUUUUGGUCAUUUUAUAAGACCUGGUUUUGUUCUCAAUGAAGGAUGAAGACAUUAGCUCUGUACAGAAAUAUGUCUAUAUUGGUCUUCAUCUGACAUGUGAAAGAAUUUCCUCAUAUUUUAAAAAGUAUCCACUUUCUAAAAAACAUACUGAAUUUUGUCUGUUCCAUUUUAGUUGGAUUCCAGAACAAACCCUAACCAUUGCAAUCCCAGUAUAAGAAAAGGAAUUGAGUAUCAUGCAGAUGUUCAUUAGAUGUAUGUAGACUAUUAAUUUGUGACUUCCCCAUGUCCCUUGCCUUUCUUUCCCCAGAGAACUUUCUUGAAGGUAAAAACUGUGCAAAAGGCAUGAGACUCAGGCCUAUUCUUUGUUUAAAUGAUGGAAAAGUAUAAAUUAUUUUCUAAGUAAUAAAAUAUGAAAAUUAUCAUUGUAAAUAAAGUCUAAAGUUUGAAAUGACUGCUUUCUAAAAUGAAGUAUUUGUUUGAUAAACAAUUUCCGACUAAUGAGAAAUAAAUAAUCCAGAAAUCCUCAUAUUCUAUUUCGGGAGGUAUUCUUGGUGCUUCCAAGGGAUCACUUCUAUCCUCAUUACUUACGAUAUUUCUAGAAUAAUAUUGAAAACUAUAAUAAAAGUCUUACUGUCCUUCUCUUCCUUCCUAACCCUCAUUCCCAUUUAAUUCCUUCCCCAGUUUCUAUGCCAGUUUUAAAUAAACUGCGUUUUCAAACUGGCAGAAGUUUCCAAUAAGGUCUGUAAACUUUCAUAGUCUAGAGUAAAUCAAGAUUUUCCUUAUUCUACAGAUCUGUCAGCUAAUAUGUAUAGAAAAAAAAUCCAAAUUUGCAAAUAGCUCAAAUCCAGAUUAUUAAAAGCCAAAUAUAUCUAUUUUGAAGCCAAACUGAACUUCUAUCAUCUCUGCUAAUAAGCAAUGAAAUAUUUUAAGACCACUGGAGUCAUGAUCUCUCUCAUGAUUUCCACACGAAGUAAAAUGAUGAAUUUGCUGAUAUGAUCAUUUCAUUAAAAAAAAAAACUAAGCAAAUUCAAAUUAAAAUUAGGAAACCCAUUAACCACUUUAGGUGACGAGCAUUCCAAAAUUAAUUUUUCUUAGAAUUUCUAAUCGAGGGGAAAUACUAGUUUGGGGUUGUAUAUUCAGAUUAUGUAAAUUUGUUUUAGAAAAUAUUCAAAUUCUUAUAGGAAAUUCAGUUGGAAAUAAGCUAAACUAUUGUCACCUAACAAUCUCAGCUUCCAAGAAAACCUUGAUUGUGAUUUCUACUUUUAACUUUUCCUGAAGUCAGAAAGGAGUGUUUACAUGAAAAAUCAAGUUAACUAAAUUAACUAAAUUGCUAACUAUGACUUACAUAACUUAAAUCAAGUUUUGUGUAAGUAUUAGUAUGUUUUAUACCAAUGAACCAUUAUCAGAAAAAGAGAAUAUCUUUUUUCUCUAUAUCGUGCACCAUGGAUGUUGGGCAAUUUGUGCUAUUACCUAACAUAUUGUAUCUGUUUAAACACUAUUUACUUUUACCUUAUGGUGCUUUUUGCCUUACCUGAAUUGAUCUUUAUGUUCACAUUAGAAAAUUCUAUAGCAUGAUAACAAUGGUGAUAUAAAAGAUGGGAGCUUUUGUAUGUGUGCUUCUGUGUUAAGUAUGUUUGAAGACAUAAAAAUGAAGAUUGCAGCUUUAUUGACUUGGUGAAACUCAAUAGGCUUAUUCAAGAAUAUUGAUACAAUAUAACAUCUUAAUGUGCAUAAGACCAAAAUAUAUAUGGAACCAUGUAUAGAAGGAAAACAAAAUUGUCUUUAACUCAUGCUUAAAGAUCCGAAAAGAAUCCAAACUUCCUAUCUAAAGAUAGCCAGUUCUUCUCCAUAUCAUGUUUAAGGUUGAUUACCUUGAUAUAUAUUGUUCUCUCUGGAUUUCUGCUUCCUUGAAGAGGGGAGCAGACAAGAAAAGCCAAACCUUCUCCUUCUAGAAAUGUUGGUCAGGUCCAUGUUUGAACACCUUUCCUUAUUGCUUCACUUCAAGAAGUGGUUCUUUAAUCAUGAAAGUAAUUCAAUCAAAAUACAUUGCUUCAAAAAGAGUAAUAUCAAAUCUUCAUAUGUAAAUGCUAUCAAGAAUAUUUAAAUUUGUUUUCUUGAAUCAAAACUAUUUUAAAUGUUUUUAUUAAACUUACUAAGUAAUGUUCCAUGGUAAUAGAAUGCUGAAUAUUUUAACAUAACCAGAACUAUUAAUGAGAAAACUUGAAAAGAUUCAAUUAUAUUUCCAGUGUCCUCAUACUUCAUGAAGAAAAAUGAAGGUACCAUAAAUACAUAAGGUAGAUUAAAAUGUAUUUCCCCCAGAAAUUUAAAUAUUCAAACUAUAGUCUGAGCUCUUCUGAGAUAUUCCAAAAUGAAAGAAUGUCUUACCCAGUAAUUUAUCAUGGCUUAGUUUGCUAUAAAAUAAGUGGUCUAUUACUAUAGUUUUUAGAGUAAAUUCUAACAUAGUUAAAAACCCAAAUACUGCCAGGCACAGUGGCACACUCCUGUAAUCCCAGCGGCUCAGGAGGCUGAGACAGGAGGAUCACAGGUUCAAAGCCUUAGCAACAGUGAGGCACUAGGGAUGUGGGCUCAGUGGUCAAGUGCCCCUGAGUUCAAUUCCUGGUACCAAAACCAAAACAAAACCAAAACAAAACAAAACCCAAAUACUUAAGUACUAGGAAAGAUUAAACAUUAUUUAUCUUGACUUUCAACAGAUGAAGCAUUGACUUGUAGAUUAUCCAUAUCUACUACAUUCAUCUGCCAAGCAUGGUAGGUUGGAAUUGGAAAUCCAUUAAUAGAAAAAUAAUUAAAAAAAAGUUUUUUAAAGCUUUACAUUUUCAGUGUCAUUGAGAGUAUCUCUUUCAAAUGAAACCAAACACAGCAGGGAAUUCUUCCUUCUCAAAAAAGGCAAAUACAAAUGAGCAACAACAAAACAAGAAAAAAAAAACUAGUUAAAUUUAUAGAGAAAAAGUAUGACUUUGUGUCACUUUUACUUCUCUUAGCUCAAUAUUAAUAAAGAGAAAUGAUUAGAAAUUCUCCUGUGCCAUAAUAAAGAAUGCUUUUUAUGUUAUGUUCUAAGUCACCCCACCAGGUUUCAUUGUAAAGUCCAUGAUACUUAGCACAAAAAAAAAAAGUUGAGGAUUGUAUGUGAACAUCACAUAAAAUUCAAAGCACAUCCCAGGCACCCUUCUGUCAUCAUUACAAACCAAUUUAGCUAUGACCUAAUGGAUCCAUAUUCCAGCCCUGAUUUCAUUUGUUACAAUGCUCACAUAUACAUGUUUCUGAAUGCUGAAUGUGAAUUAGCCCUUAGAGCUUAGAAACUGCUGCUUAAAUAUCUCUUAAAGAGAAGAAAUUUUAGUCUAGUAAGUUUUACACCCUGAAUAGUAGCAAACUAGUCAGAUGUUUAAUGUGAAAUUUAAAAUAAUUGUUUAAAGAUGUUCUCUUUGUAUAUAUAACUGUUGGUUGGUAGAACUUCCCUAGUCACCUCACUUUUAAAUUUUUUCAACUGAUUAUUUCUAUGACUUAAAAACCACAUAUUACACUACAUAUUUCAUUUAAGCUAUUUAAAAGCAUAACCCAAGUACUAUAGUAUUGGUAUUCUUCAGUAAUAACCCUAAUAAUAUCUAUACAUUACUUGUGGUGGGGGUUUUAAUGGCUUGACUUUUAAUAUAUAUUUGUUUGUUAGAUUAAAAAUCACUAAUUUGUACACCCUAAAAUAUUUGCAUGGCAUUUUUGGUAUAUUAUGUUUGCUUAACUGUUUUAGUUUUCGUGUAUGAGUGUCAAUUUAUAUCCUAAUAUAUUCUCACGUAAGAAUGCAUACCAUUUUUACUUUAACAAGGACAAUUUGCUAGUUGACAAGCACUGGAAAUAAAUAUUAUGGAACCCUCACACACCCCGACGUUUCUUUCUAGAGAUUUUUAUAAUGCAAAUCACAGAAUGAAAAUCGGUGCUUUUAUAAAUAUUCUGGAUCUCUAAAAGCAUAAACCAAGUUUUUUAUGAUGAUAUUAGGAUAUGUAACCAGAAGAACUUUAAUCUGAGUCUAAUGUUUUUGGUUUUGAUUGGUCUAAUUGAUUUGGUUUUUGGUGUGAAAAUCUCUUCUGAUUCCUGAUAGAGCAGUUGUUUUGAUCAAUCAUUACCUCUUUCCAAUAAAAACCUGUUAUUGAUAGUUCUUAUUAGUAUAUCUCAAAUAUUUGACCUUUUAGAAUAUUUUUUAAGCCUGAGAGAAUGGGGUUAAACUAAUUUAGUGUUCCUAAGAGCAAUAUUUUCAAAGGACCACCAACCAAAGUGGCACCAUAAGGGAUAUCAUUUGUACAAGACAAUUUUUAACAAGGUGAUUCUUACCACUUUCAACAAACCUGAAUUUGUUCAUUAGUUAAUAACUUUGCCAAAUUUAUUAGAAACACAAGAGUGAGACAUUGGAACUUGAUCAUUUUGCAAUUGAAAUAAAUUUUGUUCUUUCAUCUGUACUUUGCACUUAAUAUAUGUAGCAAUAUUUAGUGUCACCCAAUUACAAGUAUUUGUUAAGUGACAUAGUUUAUGGCUGAUAAAUGUUUUGUAAAAAAAAAAGUAGAAUCUGUACAGAAAAAAAAAACUUAGAUAAAUUGUAUUUAUUUUUAUUACUUUUUAGCUUAGACACUAUACUUUUUGCCAGAAUUACUGGAAGUGCCUCUUGGUUUUAUAUAUAUAUAUACAGUGCAUAUAUAUUCAAAAUUAUUGAAAUUGUGUCAUAAAUGAUCAAUGUGGUUGUUACAAUGUGAAGGUAAUGUAUAAUAUAAAAAUAAUUCUGUGGUACCAUG